AUGAUGCACAUUCCACCACUUCGCCUUUGGCGGUCACUCCUCGUCUGUGUUAUUUGGUCUCUCCCUUGCUUCCAGGUCCUGGCGAUCGACCUCGAUCUACAGAAUGCUGACAGCAUCAAGAGCGUGGCAAGCGACCUCGCCUGGGACCUAGUCAGCUUCUAUACGGGCAACAAUACCGGCGAUGUUCCUGGAAACCUUCCAGAUCCAUACUACUGGUGGGAGGCGGGAGCCUUCUUUGGCACCCUGGUCAAUUACUGGGCCUACACCGGAGACACCACAUAUAACGAACUGACCGCGCAAGCCAUCCUCCACCAGGUCGGUCCCAACCGAGACUUCAUGCCCGCCAACCAGACGCGCACGGAGGGAAACGAUGACCAGGCAUUCUGGGCGUUCGCUGCCCUGCGCGCCGCCGAGCGAAACUUCCCCAAUCCGCCAGCCGAUCAACCGUCGUGGUUGGCUCUCGCGCAGGCCGUUUUCAAUGAGCAAGCGCAGCGAUGGAAUACGCAGAAGUGCGGAGGAGGGUUAAAGUGGCAGAUCUACACGUUCAACAGCGGUUACACGUACCGGAAUUCCAUCUCGAAUGGGUGUUUCUUCAACAUGGCGGCUCGACUCGCGCGAUAUACGGGCAACGCGACGUACGCGGACUGGGCGAAUAAGGUCUGGGACUGGGUGACGGACGUAGGACUGAUUGGGCCGGAGUACCAUGUGUUCGACGGAACGAGUGAGGAAAAUAACUGCACCGACCUGAAUCAUAUUGAGUGGACUUAUAACAACGGGGUGUUCCUGCUAGGGGCUGCACACAUGUGGAACUACACCAAUGGUGACGAGAAGUGGCGCGAACGAGUCAACGGCCUUCUCCAGGCGCAGAACAGCUUUCUCUCCACGAACGAGAGCUCCAAGAACGUGCUUUACGAGGCCGCAUGCGAAAUGGUGGGGACCUGCCAAACAGACCAAUUCUCGUUCAAGGCCUAUCUGGUGCGAUGGAUGGCUGACACUGCCCGACUGGCUCCGUUCACCUACGAAACCAUCAUGGCACGCCUCCAACCGACAGCCAAGGCAGCCGCCGCCCAAUGUGUGGGAGGUAAAACGGGGACAUACUGUGGGAUGCAAUGGACUACGGGAGCCUAUGAUGGCACAGUGGGCGUGGGACAGCAAAUGGCCUCCUUAGAGGUGGUCCAGGCCAAUCUCCUGCAGGCCAACCCUGGUCCGCUCACUCAUACCACGGGAGGAUCCAGCCAGGGGAACAGCGCCGCAGGGACACAAACGUCAGAUUCAUCCCGAGAUCCCAGUGAGCUGCGCCCGAUCACCACGUCGGAUCGAAUUGGGGCAGGGGUAGUAACUGGAGUCACGGCAUGCUUGGUGCUGGGGGUCACGGCUUUCAUGGUGUCAUAA